GUGGAAAAUGAAUGGCAAUCAUUGGUGGCCCUAAAGCAGGAUGUAGCUGUGACAGUACUGAGCCUAUACCUUGGUAAACAAGCUGCUCAGACCAAGGUGGAGACAGCCUUGGAAACAGAGAAGCUUCUACAGCACGAGCUGAUCAGACUACGCCUCAAAAACAUCAAGCUAAGGGCCAACAUUCACAGACUGGAGGGGGAACUUUGUGCAAGGGAAAAAGAUGCUGGGGACCCCCUCCUUCUCCACUUUGAUCUGCUGCAGGCUGAGAGGCUAGAGCUGAAAAAACACACUGAAAAGCAAAAUGAGGAAUCUUUAAAGACGCAACUAAAGAUCAGCAGCAGCUUGGAGCUACUGUCAAAUAUAAAGGAGAAAUUGUUCUGGAGUCAAAUGGAGGCCCAGGCCAAGCGAGAGCAGCUUGCAAUGUUGGAAGCAAUGGUGGCCAGGGGAACGGACUUCCUCACAAGGACUAGGCACGCUCGCAACAGCCUUCGUAGAGACAACCUGCGGCUGAGAGAGCAUCGUGGACUGCUGGGAAACAGGGUCCUGCUGCUGGACUUUGAGGACACUGUGGACGCCUCUGACUACAUGGAGGAUCAACUAAGGGAUCUGAAGUGCCGGCAAGCUGAGAUUGUCUUCAGUUGUGGCAGAUGGAAGAAGAAGUUGAGACCACCUAAUUAAUUAAUGAAUAACUAAUGAUCACACAACACAAUAUCAGCCCAAAAAAAGCCAGAUUUAAACAGCUGAGCAGGAGCACUCUGACCAGGUGGACAUUGAUUUUCUGCUAUAUGCAAAAGUGGAAGGCUUAAGAACAAAUAAGCUAUGAAAAAAGAUAACUCAAAAGUCCACAAGAAAACAAUUAUUUGAAAACAAUUGUUAUUUUUGUAUAUAAUGACUAUAUUGGACAAUACAAUGGUUAACAGAGAGUUAAGCCCAAAACAUCAGAUGUUAAUAAAGAACAGGUAUUUUUUUUUAUUACAAAAAAAUUGCAUACAUUAUUUAUUCACCCUCUUCAGCACAACAUUCUCUAUGUUGACCUGUAGCAGGUCAGGACCCUCUCUAUGGUGCACCUGUAGAAGGUCAGGAUGCUCUCUCUGUUGCACCUGUAGAAGG